GCCUCUCCUCCACUACAAAACCCAAACCGUACCCAUUUUCCACCCGGGUCGAACUCGUCUCUGUGUGGAGACUCCGUAGAGAUGGUUUCGACAAGACGAAGUGGAUCUCUGCCGUCGUCCACUUCCAACAAUAACAAGAGAUCCCUCUCGUCGUCCGACGAUAAAUCUCCGUCGCCCAAGCGUCACAAGUCACUUCCUGUUAAUAAAGCGGAGAAUGAUAAUGCCGAUUCGUCGGAGAAAUCGACGGCUCCGGCGGAGAAUCCCAAGGAGUCCAGCUCAACUGGUCCACCGCCCGAAGCCGCCGCGGCGGAUGGCGGCGCGUCCUCCCCCAAGGCAGAAGACACGACCGCCGUCUCCGUUGCUACACCUGUACCGCAAGGUGUUACCCCUAUAAUAGUUGAAAAACCCUGCUCCUUAGCCUUGGUAAGGAGGGGUAGUGAAAUAAUGAAGACGCCCUGGUGUAGGCUCCUGUCAGAGUAUCCGCAGAACUCAACUAUGUCAAUCAGUUUGUCAAAUUUCUCGGUUGGCUCCCACAAGUCUGCAAAUCUUUUAAUAAAGGACCAAACAGUUAGUGGCAUCUUGUGUACAAUAAGACUUACACAGCAAGAAGGCAAUUCGGUUGCUGUUCUUGAGAGCAAGGGGAAGAAAGGAUCUGUGCAAGUAAAUGGGAAGACAAUUAGGAAAAAUACUACUCAUGUUCUCAACUCAGGCGAUGAGAUUAUCUUUGGUUUGCUGGGAAGCCAUGCUUAUAUCUUUCAAAAACUUUCAUAUGAUAGGGUACUUAAAUCAGCUUCAUCAGAUCUUCGGGCUGGUGUAGGAAAAUUACUGCAUGUUGAAAGGCGAGCAGGAGAUGCUUCAGCUGUGGCUGGUGCUUCUAUUUUGGCUUCCCUUUCAAGCCUGAGACAAGAUCCUUCUCGUCUGAAACCUACAUCUCAGGUAAGGGAUAGAAACUAUCCUACGAAUGAGCUGCCUUCUUUCUCUGUUGGCCAUGAAGAUGAGCUUGAUGGCCCUGAAGUCAAUUCAGCUACAAAUGUUAGUGUUAAUUAUGAUGCUGAUGUUGGAGUGCAUAGCAAGAAUCUUCCUAUCGAUGGAAACUUGGACUCUGUCCUAGAGUCUGGCAAUGUAAUUGUAGAAGAAAGAGAGUGGACCAGAGAUUCGACCCAAGCAUCCACAUCAGGGAUGUCUUUAAGGUGUGCAGUAUUCAAAGAGGACAUCCAGGGAAGGAUCAUUGAUGGACGGGAUAUAGAUGUUUCAUUUGAUAACUUUCCAUAUUACUUAAGUGAAAACACGAAAAAUGUGCUGAUAGCAGCUUCAUACAUACACAUGAAGCACAGAGAACAAGUUAAGCUUACCUCUGAGCUUCCAACAGUCAACCCCAGAAUUUUACUUUCUGGCCCUGCAGGAUCUGAGAUAUAUCAAGAGAUGUUGGCCAAGGCACUUGCUCAUUAUUAUGGAGCAAAACUGCUGAUUUUUGAUAGCCAUUCAUUUCUUCGUGGUUUGUCUUCAAAGGAAGCUGAGCUGCUAAAGGAGAAAUAUAGUGUGCAGAAAACCACUAAUGGCACUGACCAAAUUCCUAGAGCACCCGAAUGGGCAAAGGGAUCAGGACAUUCAUCUGGUAAAGCAGUUGUGGAUAGCUCUUCAGAUGCUCCUUUGGGCUUAGAGUCUCAUCCAAAGAUGGAUAAUGAUGAUGCACCCUCUUUAGUGGGGACAUCGAAGAAUUCCAUGUUUAGAACAGGUGACAAAGUUAAGUUUAUUGGUUCUGCUGAUGGAUUAUAUUCAAAUUCUUCACCUAAAAGAGGGCCAACAAUUGGGAGCCGGGGGAAGAUUAUGUUGCAUUUUGAAGAUAAUCCAUUGUCUAAAAUUGGUGUUAGAUUUGAAAAACACAUGCCAGAUGGGGUUGACUUUGGGGGGCUUUGUGAUGUUGGUCAUGGUUUCUUCUGCAAGGCCAAUGAAUUGCGCCUGGAAGCCUCAGGUGCGGAAGAUCUUGACAAGUCACUCAUCAACACAUUAUUUGAGGUUGUGUAUGAUGAAAGCAGGAAUUCCCCUUUUAUUCUAUUCAUGAAAGAUGCUGAAAAAUCUAUGGCUGGAAAUUCAGACUUCUCAACAUUUAAAAGCAGGCUUGAGAAGCUUCCUGACAAUGUUAUAAUUAUAGGUUCACAUGCCCACACUGACACUCGGAAGGAAAAGUCACAUGCUGGUGGAUUGCUUUUCACAAAAUUUGGCGGCAAUCAAACUGCUUUGCUUGAUUUAGCUUUCCCGGAUAAUUUUGGGAGGUUACAUGACAGGGGGAAGGAAGUUACCAAAACUGCUAAACUUUUCACAAAACUUUUCCCCAACAAAGUUACUAUUCACAUGCCACAGGAUGAGGCACUACAAGCUAGUUGGAAACAACAAUUGGAGCGAGAUGCUGACACCCUGAAAACAAAAGGAAAUUUGAAUAGUUUAAGAACUGCUUUAAGUCGAAAUGGAUUAGAAUGUGAUGGACUGGAGACAUUGUGCAUUAAGGACCACAACUUUUCAAUUGAGAGUGCGGAGAAGGUAAUUGGAUGGGCUCUGAGUCAUCAUUUAAUGCAAAAUCCUCAAGCAGAUUCUGAUGCCAGGAUUGCUUUGUCUCCUGAGAGCAGCAUUCAGUAUGGGAUUGACAUUUUACAAGCUGUACAGAAUGAGUCCAAGAGCUUGAAGAAGUCACUUAAGGAUGUUGUGACAGAGAAUGAUUUUGAGAAGAGGCUUCUAGCAGAUGUUAUACCCCCAAAUGAUAUUGGAGUCACAUUUGACGAUAUUGGUGCACUGGAAAAUGUCAAAGAUACAUUGAAAGAGUUGGUGAUGCUUCCUUUACAAAGGCCUGAGCUGUUCUGCAAGGGGCAAUUAACCAAGCCCUGUAAGGGAAUACUUCUUUUUGGCCCUCCUGGAACUGGAAAAACAAUGCUUGCAAAGGCUGUUGCCACAGAAGCUGGUGCGAACUUCAUCAACAUUUCUAUGUCAAGCAUCACCUCAAAGUGGUUUGGUGAGGGCGAAAAAUAUGUCAAGGCUGUCUUCUCGCUGGCUAGUAAAAUUGCCCCUAGCGUGGUUUUUGUUGAUGAAGUUGAUAGCAUGCUGGGCCGUAGGGAAAAUCCAGGGGAGCACGAGGCCAUGCGCAAAAUGAAAAAUGAGUUUAUGGUGAAUUGGGAUGGAUUGCGGACAAAGGAUACAGAACGUGUUCUUGUACUUGCAGCUACAAAUAGGCCAUUUGAUCUUGAUGAGGCUGUUAUAAGGCGGCUGCCACGUAGAUUGAUGGUCAGUUUGCCAGAUGCUCCAAACAGAGCAAAGAUCCUGAAAGUGAUACUGGCAAAAGAGGACUUGUCACCAGAUGUUGAUUUGGAUUCUGUUGCUGGUAUGACGGACGGAUAUUCUGGAAGUGACCUUAAGAAUUUAUGUGUGGCAGCUGCAUAUCGUCCAAUCAGAGAGAUUUUAGAAAAAGAGAAAAAGGAGCAAGCUGGUGCCUUGGCAGAUGGUAAACCUCCACCAACUUUGUGCAGUAGUGCGGAUAUUCGGCCAUUAAAUUUGGACGACUUCAAACAUGCUCAUGAGCAGGUUUGUGCAAGUGUGAUGUCAGAGUCCAUAAACAUGACAGAGCUUGUUCAGUGGAAUGAACUGUAUGGGGAAGGAGGGUCCAGAAGAAAGAAGUCACUCAGCUACUUCAUGUGAGAGAGAAGGGAGUAUUAUGCUAUGGGCUUUUCCUCCAGAUGUGAGACUACCUGGUUUUGCUGUGAGGUUAGCUUGUCUGUAAAAUGGAAUGGGGUAUAGGAUUAUUUAUAUAAUGUACAUGUGAGUGAAGAAGAGGAGAUGAGAUAUGUUAUAGAGGUAGAAUAUGCCUGCCUUCUAGGCGUCUGAGAGUAUCGACCAGUGCGACUUUUUUGUUCAUUGUUUAGAAGAAGAGUAUUUAAUGUACUACUAAAAAUCUAGUUGUCUUGAGAAUAAUCCUUCUUCCGAUAAUUGUGCAUAUCAUAUCAUCAUCAUCAUCUAUUGGGAAAUUAAA